GCCAAUCCUCAAAACUGAUGAUUGAGCUCUGCGAACCAAAACAGCGUGCUUUGUGCACAAUUAGACAGCUUCUGACGCGCAGCGGGCCAAAGCGACCCAGUCUACCUUCGCGAGAGCAAAAAAACGCAAGCCUCGAGCGUAAAUCAGCGCAUCAGCAGCCUUGCUCACCAUGUGGCGCUGGCUAUUAGUGGCCGCGGCACUGCUCCAGCAAGCCACACCGCUCUCGGUGUCGGAGAUCAACGUGCCGAAGUUCUGCGCUGAGUGCGGCGGCCGCACGAUGGCUGCAAGGACGCCGCCCGGCGACGAGCGUCCGCGAGCCGUGUGCGGCGCGUGCGGCUACGUCGCCUACGAGAACCCGAAGGUGGUCGUAGCCGUCGUCGCGCGCGCGCCGGACGGCAAGGUGCUGCUCGCGAAGCGCGCCAUCGAGCCGCGGCUGGGCACCUGGGGCAUCCCGCAGGGCUUCAUGGAGCUCGGGGAAACGACGCGGGAAGCGGCCGCGCGGGAAGCGUUCGAGGAAACGGGUGCUGUCCUGAACCCGUCAGAGAUGGCCCUGCUCGCUCUCUAUAACUUGCCGGGCCAGGUGCAGGUCGUCUACGAAGCACCGUUGCCAGCAAAUGCCAAACUCGAAACGUCGACGACGGAGAGCUCGGAAAUUAAGCUUUUCGAGGAGUCCGACGCGCUCAAGGCGGAUUUGUGCUUUCCGACUGUGACGUGGGCACUCGAGCGGUGCUUUUCGUCGCUGGAUCGCUGUAGAGGAGUGCAAGAGCGAACCAAGGCGUUCCAGGGCGGCGAGUGGCGCGUACUCAUCGACGACGACGGCGGGGGAUACUUGGCUAGUUGAUAUGUAACAUAAAAUGAGGCUGA